GUAAGUAUGAUUAAAAAAAAUAACCGGUCAGAAUUUGAAAUUUUUGUAGACGACCUUCACAGUUUUUUGAGUCACGUUAAAUUUUGGAAAAACAGUGCAGCAACAGUCAGCCAAAGAAUAUUCGACAUUUCUGUCAAUGUAACAAUGUUAACUUUGAGUAUCCUGCUAAUUAUUUCGGAAACUGUCGACAUUAAGAACAGCUACGACUUGACGAGUUCCGCUGCGCAUAUAAACCCAAUUUGCUUCCACUUGAACGGGCUGCUCAAGUGGUGCUUCGGGUUGAUUAAGCUGAAUGAUAUCGAGGAGAUUCUGGCUAAAAUGAAACGCUGCCACAGGCUUUGUUUGAACUAUACCGACAGUGAAAAAGAAAUUCGUCGAUAUAAUUUGAGAAUGUUGGAGUACAAGCAAAAUGUGAUUAAGUUUGUGUACAUCUGGUUAAUUCUUCUUGUCUACGGGGUCAAUCAGUGGUGCCUGGACCCGAUAAUGAAAGACCUGUAUCACGAUUUGUACGGCCAAAAGAUUAUAAAUUCAAGCUUUAACAGACACUUACCCUACCCGGGAUUGUUUCCUUGGCAUGUUGAUAAUUUUUCAAAGUAUGUAAUGACUUUUGGGUUUCAGUAUGUUAGCGCGAUUGCCGCGGCUCUUGAAAUAGCGGGUUAUGAUAUCCUCAAUGUAAUUCUUUUGGUUAAUGUUUACUACAAUUUGGAGCAUUUAAAUGAGAGUUUGUUCAAAAAUACCGACAAUUUAUCAAUAGUAAGGGGUGAAGUUAAUGUUCGCAAAGCAACGACAAAGUUGAAGAUGUACUUAAUGCACCAUCGAGAGAUUUCUGAAUUUGUUGAAAAAUUGAAAAAAGUAUCGAGCUAUCCGAUGUUCAUACUUUGUUUAGACAGUACUAUUGCAUUGUGUCUAGUCUCUUUAGAAGCAUCUGCGAUGAAAAUUGAUUCGAGUGUCGAGUGCAUUAUGAAGAUUAUGAAUAUGGGGAUAUAUUGGAUAGGAAUUGCUUUGCAAUUGUUUAUUUUUACAUUUCUAGCGUCUUCAAUUGAAGAAUUGGGAUUACAAACUGCAGAUGCAAUUUAUUCUUGCAAUUGGGAGCGAUCUAUAGUCGAAUAUAGAGGCGAAUUUACUGACGCACACAAACACGUGAUAGUCGAAGUGAAUCAAUUAAUAACUUUUAGUUUGAUGCGCGCUCAAAAACCGAUUGUUUUCAUGGGAGGAAAAUUUUACAUUCUGUCUUUGCAAACCUUCAAAGCUCUCACAGGAUUUUCUUUAUCUAAUGCCGUUGUACUGCGCCAACUUUCCAGUGAAGAGUAAAAAUUACAGCACUGAAAUA